UUUGUUUGAGCAGUCAAAUCUACCUCUUUUUCCUUCUCCUUUCUCACCCUUAAAACCCCCCUUCCUCUCACCUUCUUUGUUAAGAAAGCCUCCUCUUUUUCCUAUUUGAUUCACACUUUCACACUCUCUAAGACCAAUCCCUUAUAUCCCCUCCACUCAGCACAACAUAACUCGCCACUUCACCAACAAUUUUUCACUCCAAUAUCCCACUUUUGUAACUUUUAUGAAUGAUCCAUUUGGCAUCCUUUUUGGAUAUAACUUCCUUCCCCUACUCAUUUUCUUUCAGAGUUUCUCUGCAAAACUUUAAUUUCUUGUUAUUGGUUCUUCUCAACAAAUGGAAGAGAGUGCGCAGUGCGAACAAGUUAGUGUCAUUGAUGAGUUGCUGCUAGGGAAGGAGCUCACAAAGAAGCUUUGUGAGCAACUAUUCUCAUCUUCCUCUUCCUCAUCAUCAUCCUCCUCCUCUUCUUGUGACACAAAUGAAGUCUUGAUUGAGAAAAUAAUUUCCACCAUGGAGAAGGCACUUGCCAAGGUGAAUUGUAUGGCUAAUGUAGGAGAAAGUAAGGCCAUGAUGGAUUCCCAUUGCUCUUUCACAAAUGGUAGUCCCAAAAGUGAGGUCGUGGAGCCUGAGGUUGAGCACAAACAUGUCUCUAAGAAAAGAAAGACCAUGCCAAGGCGGAGAGAGCAAGUGGAGGUGUGCUUGGGAACAGAAGGAAAUAAGGAAGAUGGCUAUAGCUGGAGAAAGUAUGGGCAGAAGGACAUUCUUGGAGCAAAGUUUCCAAGGGGAUAUUACAGAUGCACAUAUAGAAAUAUACAAGGAUGUCUGGCCACUAAGCAAGUGCAAAAGUCAGAUGAAGAUCCAAUGAUAUACGAGAUAACAUACAUAGGAAGACACACAUGCACCCAAGCAAGUCACUUGAAAAAGACAGCGGUGCCCCCAUCAAAAACCAAGGUGAGAAUCGAAGAAAACGAGCACCAAACCAAUGAAAAGAAUCAACCACAACAAGAGAAAAUAGAGCAACCCCCAGAGACAAUUUUCUCCUUUGGAUCACAAGGUGAAGUUAAAGUAGAGGAUUUGGACUUAGAAAUUUUCCCAUCAUUUUGCUUCUCUUCUCCAUCAGUAGGGUCUGAAAACGAGGAAAACAACAACAUCUUCCCUUACUCCAUGAUCGACAACAACUUAUUGGAAAACUUCUCUCCUUCAUUCAUGUCUACAACAACAACUUCAGAAUCAGACAUGUUCUUCAACUGGGAGAGCACUGGACUAGGCCAAAGCGUGCAUAACUCCACUUCAGAUAUCACUGAUAUAGUUUCCACACCAACUUCAGUCACCUAUUCAUCAAUAAUGGACCUUGAUAUCUUCCUUGAUAAGAACGAUUUCGACACAGAUUUUCCUAUGAACACCAGAGAACUUUGCAUUUGAUCAAUUGUCUCACAAGUUAACAGCAUAUAUAAUUUAUAUGCAGAUUAACAGCGAGCUUUGUAGAUCCUGACUACCAUCAUAACCGAGGAAGCCGGUCUUUGAAAAUCAUAGUGUCCAGAAGACAGUAAAAUUUCCCUCUCUUGCUGGUUAAGAAGAAUUUUGGUGUAAAUGUGAAAAUAGUUUGCAGGUUGUAGCUAGCUGUAGUCUUUUGUUGUUUCUCUCUUCAGUGGUAGCAUGAUCAAGUAUCUUCUUCUGGUUCAUACAGCCAAAAAUUUUUAAAUAAAUGAAUUUUUACCUCCAUA